AUGGGGGCGGGUGCUUCGAAGAACACGGAUGGUGAGUUUAAUGGGAGUGAUGAAGAUGGGCAGCUGUACGUUUCGCUUAAGAUGGAGAAUCGUAAGCUUACAGGGGAGCUCGUUCCUCAUGUCUUUGGUUCUCUUCCGCUUGUGGGCUCCUGGGACUCUUCAAGAGCACUUUCUAUGGAACGGGAAUCGGUGUCAAUGUGGGAGUUGAGCUUUGUUGUUCCACCCAAUCAUGAAACUUUGGAUUUCAAGUUCCUCUUGAAGCCUAACCACAGCAAUUCACCUUGUAUUGUUGAGGAGGGUCCAAAUCGACUGCUGAUUAGGGGGACAUUGCCGGAGGAUACCAGGCUUGCUUUGUUUAGGCUUGAGAGUGCCGAAGUUCUUGAGUAUGAAGUAUUCGUUAAAGUAGAUAGGGUUUCUCCGUUUGAUCUUGCAGCUAGUUGGAGGGCCUAUCAAGAAAAUUUUCGUCCUUCAUCCGUGCGUGGGAUUCCUGAUGUCAGCAUAAAUUCAGAGCCACAGACAGGCGGUGAGAAUGGCUCUUUCGUGGGUCUGGAUCUUGAUCUUGAACAUUAUGUUGUCCCAGCUCCCUCUGCUUCUGUGAAUUCAAUUGCAUAUACAGCCAACAUGACGGAGAAUCCAAGAUCACCAGUUGUUGGGUCUUGCAGCAGUACAUAUUCCAUCAGGGAUGUUGAUGUUCCAGUUGAUCGACCUGCAACUUCUAAGGGGAUGGAGAUUAUUGUUCCAGACCCAUCAAUGGCGUGUCAAGGUUCUGGACCGGUUGAAUCCAAGUCAGUGGGCACAUAUACAUCACUACAAAAGCAAGAUAGUCAGAGGGGAUAUUUUGUUGAUAGGGGUGUUGGGUCCCCUAGACUUGUAAAAUCCAGCUCUACAACUUUUACAACUAAUAUUAAUCUGGAAACUGAUACCAAGAAUUCAAUGCCAGCAGCUGCCGGAGCUGUUGCAGCUGCAGCUGUGGCUGACCAGAUGCUGGGUCCCAAGGAGGAUAGACAUUUAGCAAUUAUCCUGGUGGGUUUGCCAGCUCGAGGUAAAACUUUUACUGCAGCAAAACUUACAAGAUACCUUCGUUGGUUAGGUCAUGAUACCAAGCAUUUCAAUGUUGGGAAGUAUCGCCGCCUUAAGCAUGGAACUAAUCAGUCUGCUGACUUUUUUCGAGCUGACAAUCCUGAAGGCAUGGAGGCCCGCAAUGAGGUAGCCGCUUUGGCAUUUGAAGAUAUGAUAUCUUGGAUGCAAGAAGGUGGCCAGGUGGGGAUAUUUGAUGCCACAAACAGUACCAAGAAGAGAAGAAACAUGCUGAUGAAAUUGGCUGAAGGAAGAUGCAAGAUUAUAUUUCUGGAAACAAUAUGCAAUGAUGUAAACAUAAUAGAAAGAAACAUACGUCUUAAAAUUCAGCAAAGUCCUGACUAUGCAGAAGAGACAGAUUUCGAAGCAGGGAUAGAAGACUUUAAAAACCGUCUGGCCAAUUAUGAGAAGGUUUAUGAACCUGUAGAAGAAGGAUCUUACAUUAAAAUGAUUGAUAUGGUCAGUGGGCAUGGUGGGCAAAUACAAGUGAACAAUAUCAGUGGCUACCUUCCUGGUCGGAUUGUUUUCUUCUUGGUUAAUACCCACCUCACACCACGCCCCAUAUUACUUACUAGGCAUGGAGAAAGUCAGGACAAUGUAAGAGGAAGAAUUGGUGGAGAUACUGCAGUGAGUGAGACUGGACAACUGUACGCAAAGAAGCUUGCCAACUUUGUAGGAAAGCGACUCAAAUCAGAACGGGCUGCUUCUAUAUGGACUAGCACAUUGCAACGAACAAUUCUGACAGCAAGCCCAAUUGGCGGAUUUCCCAAGAUACAAUGGCGUGCUCUUGAUGAGAUAAAUGCUGGGGCAUGUGACGGGAUGACAUAUGAGGAGAUCAAGAAGAACAUGCCAGAGGAGUAUGAAUCUCGCAAGAAAGACAAGCUUAGGUAUCGAUAUCCUCGUGGAGAAUCUUAUUUGGAUGUUAUUCAAAGGUUAGAGCCUGUGAUUAUUGAGCUUGAGAGACAACGUGCACCUGUUGUUGUAAUAUCUCACCAGGCAGUCUUGAGAGCAUUAUAUGCUUACUUUGCCGACAGGCCUUUGAAAGAAAUCCCACACAUAGAGGUCCCCCUUCAUACAAUAAUAGAGAUACAAAUGGGAGUUUCAGGUGUCCAAGAGAAACGAUACAAACUAAUGGACUGAAAUGAGCAGAUGAGCAGUUCUCUUGGUGACAUGAUCCACUUGUACAUAAAUUUUUCAUUCUCCUGACUCCAUUUGUUUGCAAAAAUUGAUAUUUGCAGAACCAGACAUCAUUCUAAAUAACCAUCAUCAUUCUCUUAUCUGUUU